AUGCCGUCUGGGAAAGCGCAACUGGAGCUGAUCCGGUCCGCUUACCAGAUGGUUAACCUGGACCCAUCGCUUCGUGCCGAGGAUCGAUGCCAGUACUUCGAGGCCUAUGGAACCGGCACUCCCGCCGGCAAUCCUGAAGACGCUUCAGCCAUCUAUCAAGCUUUCUUCAGAGACAUGCCAUCUCAGCGGCAUGCCGAGACUGAGAAACUUUUUGGGGGGACUAAUGCGCAUGCGAUUUUUGAGGGCUAUGAGGAAGGCAUAAAUGCCGUAGACAAACCCGUUGAAUUGGCACUUAAAUCUCCAAUCCCUGUCGUGCUGCCAUUUGUCUUCUCUGCAUCUUCUGCAAGCACUUUCUGGAACAGUACAUUCAAUAUCUCGAGGACAGUUCCGAUAUCGACCUGCUGGUCAUGGCGUAGACAUUACUACAGCGACACAUCAUUUUUGACGCACCGUAUCGCCGUCUUGUCAGAUACAAUAGAUCUCCAAAUUACAGGAAUCCGCGAAGAGCCGGACCUCCUCAAGGCCAAUAGCAUCGUAAGUUCCCAGCCACAUACCGAUGGGACGAAGCACGUCUUGGGGGUUUUCACAGGCCAAGGCGCACAGUGGCUGCAGAUGGGUUUGCACUUUAUUACUCACUGCCCAGAGGCCACGAUCUGGUUGGACGAAACGGGGAGAUCACUCCCUGUCGCGCUGCGACCAAGCUUUUCCCUUGAAGAAGAGCCGGCUUGCAUCUCAGACUCACCCCAGACUGCAUGA